AGACAACUGAACACCAGCAGUGCCGAGUGGUCAUAUUUACCUCCAACUGUACCAAACCGAGCUGGGUUUUAUUUCAGUUUUAGUUCUCCGAUGGCUUAGAAGGAGUCUCACGUUCCCGGCUGAGUAAAUAAAACGGAUAAAAAAAAAACGGAAUAACGGGCACGGUUCGGGUGAAAUGUACGCUUCUGAUUUGUGUCUUUUGAGGAGGGUGUCCAACACAGAGCUGUAGUUUCUCUUCAAGAGGCGAGGAAUGCAAUCUGAGCAUCAAUGUUUCACUGGGGCAAGUGGAAGAAGAGGAUGGGAGCCAAUAGUUCUUCAAAGAGACCCGUGUUCGACGAGAAGGAGGAUGUGAACUUUGACCACUUCCAGAUUCUGCGGGCCAUUGGGAAAGGGAGCUUUGGAAAGGUAUGCAUCGUGCAGAAGCGAGACACGGAGAAGAUGUACGCCAUGAAGUACAUGAACAAGCAGCAGUGCAUAGAGAGAGAUGAGGUCCGAAACGUCUUUAGAGAGCUUGAGAUCCUUCAGGAAAUUGAACAUGUUUUUUUAGUAAAUCUCUGGUACUCGUUCCAGGAUGAGGAGGACAUGUUCAUGGUGGUGGACCUCCUGCUGGGAGGAGACCUGCGUUAUCACCUGCAGCAGAGCGUCCAGUUCAGUGAGGACGCCGUCAAACUCUACCUCUGUGAGAUGACGCUGGCGCUCGACUACCUGCAGAGUCAGCACAUCAUACACAGAGACGUCAAGCCAGACAACAUCCUUUUGGACGAGCAAGGUCAUGCCCACCUGACAGACUUCAACAUAGCGACGAUAAUAAAGGAUGGAGAGAGAGCCACAGCCUUAGCAGGAACAAAGCCCUACAUGGCCCCAGAGAUCUUCCAGUCAUUUGUAAGUGGAGGGACGGGAUACGCCUUUGAAGUGGACUGGUGGUCACUUGGGGUGACAGUCUUCGAAGUGCUGAGGGGAUGGAGGCCAUACGACAUCCACGCCAGUAACUCUGUGGAGUCUCUGAUCCAGCUCUUCAGCACGGUCAGUGUCCAGUACAGCCCGGCCUGGCCCAAAGACCUGGUCUCUCUCAUGAGGAAGCUCCUGACAGUGAACCCUGAGCAUCGUUUCUCCAGCCUGUCUGACAUGCAGGCUUCUCCCUACCUCGCUGACGUCAACUGGGACGCCGUGUACGAGAAGAAGAUGGAGGCCGGAUUUGUUCCUAAUAAAGGUCGGCUGCACUGCGACCCCACCUUUGAGCUGGAGGAGAUGAUCCUGGAGUCGCGUCCCCUUCACAAGAAAAAGAAGAGACUCGCCAAGAACAGAUCUCGAGACAACAGCAAGGAUUCACAGUCUGAGAACGACUACCUACAGGAGUGCCUUGAAGUGGUGCAGCAGGAGUUCAUGAUCUUCAACCGUGAGAAGUUGAAAAGGCGUCAGGAGGAAGGACAGUCCGAGGCGGGGGCAGACGACGCCAGCGGAGACGGUGACAGAGAGGCUGAAGCUGGGGCAACCGAUGACGACGCUCCAGAACCGGAACCCGAUCCAGAGCCGGAGUCCUCCUCCAAACUGAGCAUGUGCGGCUCUGUAUGCUCCUCCCCCGGCAGCUGCUAGCUAGCGCCACAUCGCCUCACAGUGACGUUAGCAGGCCUCUCUGUGCCACGCCAACCGAUCCAAUCUCUCCUCCCUCCUCUGCCGUAGCCCAGAGGAGGAAAGUAACGCACAUCAGGACCCUAAAUGGCCCCCAUCAUUUAUCGCCCCUCCAUUUUUUUCUGUAGCAUCCUUCCGGUUAUAGGCAUGAAUGAAGCAGAGAGCCCCGCCUUCUUCCCCGUCCGUCCGCCCUAGAGUAAGCUCUAACUUCUAUGCAACGUUACAGAUCAUAGCAUGAAAAAUAAGGUAGAGGAGGUGUUGAUCCCAAGCAGAACGAGCAUGAUGACAUCCUGAGCAAUAGCAGUUUUUCCUUCAGGCGUUGGGGGUGGGGGUUGUUGGUUUUUGGUGGGGACGCCCUCUCAGCCAUCCUGUUCUCAAUCUGACGGGGACGACUGAAUAAUUCAGAGCACGCAGCUCUCAGUCUGUGUUUCUGUCUCAGACUCUUUCAUGUCACCGUUGGUUUCUCCUCCUGUUUCUACACCUCAGAGAUGCACUCACAGUCACACGCCGCUUUCAUGUUCUCUUUAUUAUUAGUAUAAGUUAAAGGGAUAGUCCAGAGUUUUUCAUUAGAGGCUGUAUGACGUCUGUGUUGAUGUGAAUGUUGUUCCUAAAUAAUAUGGCAGUUUGCACAGGCCCUGUUUGGAGGAUUCAGCAGAAGUAUUGACAGAAAUAUGUUAGUAUUGAAACUAAGCUCUGAACUCCUUUGGAUGAAGGUUUGAGCAAAGCAUACUUUCUUCUUACUUUCACUACACCCUCCAAAAUGGACCUCCAAAGACCAGCUGUGUGGGGCAAGUCUUACAAACCUUUUUUACACGAGUCAAGUUGAUCUAAACUUAACAACUAUAUAUCAAAUGCACAGUAUUAAAAGUCCACAACCAGGGGGCUUUCAAUCAAAUUAAUAACACAAGAUAAUGUCUGGGGUCUACCUCCUUAUCUCUGGUACAGCGUGGCCCCACUAGACUUCUCCAAGCCGUGGAAAGACCCACUGCUCAGCCCCACACAUCUCCAUGGCUCCAUAAAAACAGAUCUCUAUGAGGUCUAUUUACUAAAAAGUAAACACCCUUUUCACCUCUGUAAAAAUUCACAUUAUUAGGGAGAAAAGCUGUUGAAGUGGGAACUUCUUUCUGGUUCAAGCCAUAAGUGACUCACAAAACAUUUAGGGACAGUUAGGGGCUGUUAUUUUCUGAGCAUCAACUUUUUGAUUUCAAAUAAUAUAAUCAGCAGCAAUGCAGUCUCACAUUGGACAUCUGACCAGUGAUGGGGGUCAUCCCUCUAAUUGUACACUGGUAAAUUAAUCAGCUAUACAAAUUUAAGAGUAAAUAAGAGAUUAAAAAAUCACACCUUAAUAUUAGUAAAUAUUUUAAGAGUUUAAAGCAACAAGACACAUUUAUAGGAAAGUGAUUGCUCCUUUUUUAUCCUAUUACCUGGUAAUACAUCCCCAGGAUAGAAAUAUUCUAUUUUUGAUUAUCAAUAGGAAUGGGGUUUGUUAUUUUCAAAACAAUGUAGUCGCUUUUCUGUGGUUUGUCUUUCUUGAUAACUGACCAGAUAGCUGAUACCAUGCAUGUCUACACUAAAAACCCCUCAAAUAUGUGCAAGAAUUUGUGUAAUUUCUCGUCAACAGUAUUUCAUUACGAGAUUUUGUUAUCAGUUUGCAGCUGGAUAACUCAGUGGUUUACCCUGCUGACUUUGUUAUAGGAGCUUGGGUGUUGAAAUCUUGGUCAGGGCACACUGAGUAUCCGGUGUGGGCCCUUGAGCAAGAUCUUUGAUGCCAUGGCUGGCCCAGAUGUAUGUCGCUUUGGACAAAAGCAUCUGCUAAGUAACAUCGUAGCUUUAAUUAUGAGCCACAUUCACCUGACAAGUGCAAAGAAUAAUCGAAUUUCAAAACAUUGAAAUUCUUUAGGAUAUAGUGUCUGCCCUUGCAGCAAGCACAAUUUGUCUGUCAAGUUUCAUGAAAUUCUGAAAUUACGUCUGAUUUCAUGAAACUAGUGUUGCGACAAUCCGACACCUGGGCUUUUGGUAUCUACCAAUACUGAUCCAGUGUAAUCUGACCGCAGAGUUAAAUUAAUUCAUUAAUUUUGAUGAAACUGGGAAUCUUUUGUGUAACGCAGCAAAAAUUUUCUAAAAUAACUGAAUAAAAACAUUAAAACUAAAAUGAUCACAAUCUGCAUACCACUUUAAUGUCAUCACUCGCCCUCUGCUGUCACAGUGAACCCUUGUGUAACUGCUCUGUUUGUGCAAAGCAGCCAAGCAGUGAGUCAUUUCAUGUGCAUGGCUUUUCAUGUUGGUAAUAUUAUGUCUCAAAUGUCAGACACCUCAGAAAAUUGAUAAUCCACUACCUAAAUUGUAAUUAUAAUCAGGUGUGUGAUCAGUGGAAGUUUUUAGCCUCUAUAGUAAUGUCCUACCACCUUAGAAAAGGAUUUCAAAUCAUUACAGGAAGUUUCUCACAGUCAGCAAACUUAACAGUUUGGUUUAAUUUAGUUUUGUUUCAUCCCUCUUUGUGUUUCUACCAACACCCUUCAAAACAUGAGCUGCGCAUAAGUGCUUGUAGUUUUAAGAGUAACAAGCAGGAAAUACUUCUAAACUGCUUAGCCUUUGUUUUUAAAACCUAGUACAGUGAUGCAGCAUGCAUGCACAAACAGCAUAGCACUGAGCUGUUUAGAGUGACCUCAAGGAUCGUCCUCAUGUCGUGAUAUUCGAUCUAGCACUUUGAGUCGGUAUUGGACCACCACGUGAAACCAGGAUCAGAUUACUGCAUUCCUGUAAGAGACUUAUCAAGUAAUUUUCUAGCCAUGUUUGGUGGAUUUUUUUUCCCAAAUAAAAUCAACUGAGAGCUUUGGUCUCUUGUAUUUUAAAAUGAAAAACUUACCUGGACUUUUCAGGUCUAUGUUGGCUUUUAUUAAGUGAAAUGAAAUAUUGUUGACUAGAAAUGAGACAAAUAUGUUUGCUCAGACAUGCACAAAGUCGUUGUUUACAGGCAUGCCAUACAUAUACUCAAAAUUCAUUGCAGGAGUUUCAAGAGGUAAUGAGUUUUUCCAAGCCAGACUAUCUAAAGUGCAUGCUCCAAACUCUGCUCACAGGGUCCAUAGCUGUGUCAUCUUCUGUAGAAAACACUCUGAUUCUUCAUUAAGAAGUCAUACAAACCCCUCUUAAAAAAAUUCAAACUAUCCCUUUAAUCACAUUGUAGCCAUGGAUGCAUCUUAGGUCCAACAUGAUAACUCUACAUUUUAGGAUGAUAAGGUAGUAACAUUUUUUGGAGAACAGAGGUUAAAGCCACGUGUCUGUUGUUGUUUCCUGAGCUUCAGUAUCCCAGCUCUGUGCUCUGUUUGACUCUGAAUCUCUGCUCUGAGGAGAAGACACUGACCAACAGUCACAUCUAUUAAGAAUCUAUUAGAAAUCUAUUAAACUCAUCCUCUUUUUAAGUGCUGCGUAAGUCCUCUCAUCAUCCCCCUUUAGAGCUUGUUUUGGGGCUGUAUUUCACGUGUAGCUGUUCAUGAGCUCGUCUCUUAUCGUCAUAGUGAUAGUGCUACAUUUAAGGUGGCCCCAUUAAUCCCAGUGUGAACACCUGGGAACAUGUAGCAGAAGUCCACCUUUAAACCCUAAGGCCUAAUAAAAUGAAAACCGUGUAAAUAGCCAACAGUAUAGGUACUUAAUCUCUCCACAGUUUUAUGUGGGACUGCGACAUACGAAGCUAAAGAAGAGCGGUGUGAAGCUCCGCCCCCUUCGUUCGGCUCUUCUUUCCAAGUGUGCAGGCACAACUUGUAGGCAGAAUAUGCCAAAGCUUUUCUACCAUUUGCAUUAACAUUUCUAAGGAACUUUGAGUGUGUGAAUGUAAGUCUCUUUUCCCAGUAUAACAUAGAGUCAGUGUUCCUUCUGCAAGUGAAAAUCAUUUAUAUGAUCAUAGUGUGAUUAUGUAUAAAGUAUCUAUUUCAGGUAGGGAGGGGGGCUUAUAAACUUAGAAGUAGACAUUUGGGAAAUAUGACUUCUUUUAUUUCUUACUAAGAAUUAAAGGAGAAUAUUGAUACCAUUUUUAUGUGCUGGAGCUCAGAGUCGGUUAGCCUAGCUUAGUAUAAAGUGUCCUGCCAAGAAACUGUCCUCAACCUUCUGAGCCCCAAACUUUUUUGAACCGUUUUGUCUUGCCUAGACUUGUUGUUUUAAAAAGCUUGUAAAACAGCCAAGCUCUAAACAUCCUUUUUUUUCAGGACAGCCAGGGCUUUAAGUAUGCAUGCUGUUGUUACGUCAAUUGAAUUUUAAAAUAAGUUUUGGGAAUAUAAAGACAAAGAAAACACUUAACAGAAAUUAAGACUCAAAGAUUUUUUUUAUGUGUGAUGCAUGGUAAACAAUGAUGACUAAGCUUUUUUUUGCACAAACUUGUUCUCCAAUCUUUUGGGCAUCAAAAAGUGAAAAAAUAAUCAUUCUGUGACAAAGAAUCUUCAAAGUAUUCACAUAUUUACAAAAACAGUCAUUUUGCUUCUCUGUAUUGACUUCAUUUGUGCCAUUGUUCAAAGCAGUUCCUGUCUGCAGAGAUACAGAGGGCCACAUCACAGGCUUUUCUCUAUUUUGAGCUAUUCAGGCCAUCCCCACCAUGGUCUCUCCAGUCAGACGUGCCUGUCAUUGGUUGUCACAGCCCAUGUGACAAAACAAUAAGGUGGCUAAUGCUAAGCUAGCAGCAGGAAAAAGUGGAAAUCAAUUAAAACGGAUAAAAAAUGAUGUUCCACAUUGGACUUACUGGUGUGGAUGUAAUCAAAUGUCCUGGAAAGUCACCCAAGUUCCAGGCUCACUAGAAAAGCCUCUGAAAGGGCUAAGAAGGCAUGUAUGGCAUCUUUAGAACAGCACAACGGCAGUCUGCAAAAGGGGAAAAAAGUAAAUGGCCUCAACUUAUGGCUCAAAAGUUAUAUAACAGGGUCUGUCCCAGAGGGUUAAGAGAGCUUCCAUCCCCUAGAAGCUUCCAUCUACAAAGCCAAAGCCCCACGCUUUAAGCCACAUAGUGACAUAGUGGCCAAAAAAUGCCUUUACAUGAUGCCUAUCUAGAAGACAAUAACCCUCUAAAAAUGUUUGUCAAUCAGGUUCAAAACUUUUGAGGUACAAUAACAUCCCACUAAAGACACGUUAUAAAGCCUGUAUUCCAAUAAUUGUGUCUUAUAGACAAUGUUUGUGUUAGUAUACAUUGACAAUGGGUUUUGUGGGCAGAGCUGAACUAGCAGCAGGAAGUUAGAGAGCAGUAGCUUGUGGUCAAUUCACAUCAGAAACUCUUGGACCAUGAAGAGGCCUUUCCCAGUUAUUUUAAAUGUUUAACUGCAGGAGUCAAGUUGUGUUACCCUUAAAUUCCACAUACUCCAUCUGCGAAGCAAUCUGCACACAAUGCCAAUGCAGAGCAAAAUGCUCCCUUUCUAGUCAGUCUUUGUGGUUCUAUAGCACGCAUCACAAUCUGUCUGGCCAGAGCCAGAAGUGGCACUCAAGUUUAAUUAAAGCAGCUGAAGCAUUGAGUCUAUUUUCAGCAGAGCCCACUGCCAGCAAAACACAAUCCGCAUAGAUCAGAUUGACUGAAACAGAAACGCACAAAACAUCAAACUCUUGACUGUAGUUCUAAUCACUAAUCACUAAUAAUGCAGUGCCAUGAAUGAAGAGAAGCGUAUCUUGGAGGUGGAAAACCGCUGGAUUUUAUAAGACACAACGCAUUCUAGAAAACAUCAUUUUAGAAAUUGUUCAAAUGUACUCCUCACAGUAGUAGCAAAAAAAAUCCCAGAAUAAAAUCAAAGUGAGCAGCGAAUCUACACUGUGUUCUCAAAUCAUAUCACGUGACUGUGCAAUUCCUGCAUGAAUUCUUGUUGUCCUGUGGUGUUGUGACUUCUCAUAGCUGCUCAUGGCAAUGCUUUGUCCCAGAAACAGAUCUACUGGAUGAGUUCAUGCACUGUUGUAGCAAACACUACAGAGACUAUGUGGAAUUUACAGGUUAUAGUGACAUGAUAACCUUUAGCAAUGGGCCUGUGUUUCCUGAGCGUUCUCACUGUAGUUUCAGUGGGUCAGCCAUGCAACUAAACAGACAGUUACCAUGGAUGGGCAUUUUUUGAAAACCAUGUGGAGAAAGCUACAGUAGCAUCUGAUAUACCCUCAAACUUAAUAAAUCUGUUGAAAUAUA